UUCCUGUUUCCUUCCCAUCAUGCUUUUGAUGGAGGAAUGAUGACGGAUCAUUAUUUUGCCUGUCGCAAAAAGGGCUCGAUGCUCUCACGCAAUGAUAUCAUAACGUCAUUGACGUAGACGGUGAUAAUAAAUAAUGAAUUUGCUCGCUUAUCACGUGGAGGCAGCGUCUGAAUAAUUUAACCCCUGCGUUACUAUACAAGCGUAUACGUCCCUUUUUGCAGCAUCAGUGAAGUAUCCCUCCCUACGACGACCUUAAUCCUUACAAUGAUGAUUUGUUCGCCAUCAGUGCUGCUUUGAGUUACGAUAAAUCAUUGUUAAUGUACAAUGAGCAUUAUAUGAUACGCAAACGGAAAUGCAUCCUGCUUGGGAUCCACCUGCCUUUGGACUACGCCACCGUAUCGCGCCGCUGUGAGCCGCAGCACCGCACAUCAGCAUCGGCACAGCUGGACAGCGGCAGCAGCCUGGAAGCGUUGCUUCACCUUCACCCUCACAAGUCAUGUGGAAACAUCUAGUAAUGAUGCUCCUCUGAAAGACAGUGAACAUCUCAGCUGGUUUCUUUGUGACCCCCUAUACUGCAAGGCCAUCUCCCAAAGCUUCUUUAGACCCUCCAUCCUCCUCAGAGUAUCAGCCCCAUAUCUUGAAGCCCUUUGAUCCAUAUCCUGCCUCCAGGAUGAGUGGGCUCUUUGCCAAACUGGACCCACGGCGGAUUCAGUGGGGGUCCACCUGGUUUGCCUUCCAGUCCCGCAUUCUGCGCACAAAGCCGGUGGAGUCCAUGCUGGAGAGCUCAGGUGGCACGGGGGCUCACGGCACCAAACUCGCCCGCGUUCUCUCCACCGUGGACCUUGUGUCUCUGGGAGUGGGAAGCUGUGUAGGCACGGGCAUGUACGUGGUUUCUGGACUGGUGGCUAAGGAAAUGGCGGGUCCUGGGGUCAUUGUGUCUUUCAUCAUCGCUGCCGUGGCCUCCAUCCUGUCAGGGGUGUGCUAUGCUGAAUUUGGUGUGCGUGUGCCUAAAACCACAGGAUCGGCCUAUACUUAUAGCUAUGUGACGGUGGGCGAAUUUGUGGCUUUUUUCAUUGGCUGGAAUCUGAUUUUGGAGUAUCUGAUUGGUACAGCAGCAGGAGCCAGUGCACUCAGCAGCAUGUUUGACUCGCUGGCCAAUCACAGCAUCAGUGGCUUCAUGAUCAAACAUAUAGGAACACUCAACGGACUGGGUAAAGGGGAGCAGUCGUAUCCAGACUUCUUGGCCCUGGUCAUAGCUAUCCUGGUCACAAUAAUAGUUGCUCUGGGUGUGAAGAAUUCCGUCGGGUUCAACAACGUGCUGAAUGUCAUCAAUCUGGUGGUGUGGGUGUUCAUAAUGAUUGCAGGCCUGUUCUUCGUCAGUGUAAGCAACUGGGACGAGGGACGAUUCCUGCCUUAUGGCUGGUCAGGGGUCAUGCAGGGUGCAGCCACUUGCUUCUAUGCUUUUAUUGGGUUUGACAUCAUAGCCACCACGGGAGAAGAAGCCAAGAGUCCCAACACAUCCAUCCCCUAUGCCAUCACUGCCUCUCUGGUCACCUGCCUCACUGCCUAUGUCUCUGUGAGUGUGAUCCUCACCCUGAUGGUCCCUUACACUGAAAUUGACACAGAUGCUCCUCUGAUGGAAAUGUUUUCUCUUCAUGGCUUCCAAACUGCCAAAUACAUAGUGGCCAUCGGCUCCAUUGCAGGACUGACAGUCAGUUUGUUGGGCUCUCUUUUCCCACUGCCGAGAGUCAUCUACGCCAUGGCAGGAGAUGGUUUGCUCUUCAGGUUCCUGGCUAAUGUGAGCACGUACACAGAGACUCCUGCAGUGGCCUGUGUGGUGUCAGGUUUCCUCUCUGCUCUGUUGGCUUUGCUCGUCAGUCUGAGGGACCUGAUCGAGAUGAUGUCCAUCGGCACCCUGCUAGCCUACACGCUAGUGUCGGUGUGUGUGCUUCUGCUGCGUUACCAGCCUGAAGGAGACAUCCAUGGAUUCGUCAACUUCCUCUCCGAGCAGAACUCGAAACGUAAGGAGGGAGUGCUGGCCGAGUGCGAGAAGGAAGCCUGCUCGCCGGUCAGUGAGGGUGAUGAUUAUGGAGGAGCUGCCACAAACACCUGCGGAGCCAAGAACCUGCCGUCUCUGGGAGACAACGAGAUGCUGAUUGGUAAGCCUGACAAGUCCACCUACACUGCCAGUCACCCCAACUAUGGCACCGUGGACAUGUCCUCAGGCAUUGAGUCAGAUGAGACGGACAGCGUGUACCUUCUGAAGCUGAAGAAGCUGCUGGGGCCUCGCUAUUACACCAUGCGCAUUCGGCUCGGCCUGCCGGGGAAGAUGGACCGGCCCACUGUGGUCACCGGCCGGGUCGUCACUCGCUGCGUCAUUCUGCUCUUCAUCCUCAUCUUCUGCUUCUGCUCCCUCAUCAUCUUCGGGUCAGGUCAGAUCGCUGAUGGCCAGUGGUGGGCCGUGCUGCUGCUGGUGCUGCUGCUGCUGGUCAUCACGCUCUUGAUCUUCAUCAUCAUUCAGCAGCCGGAGAACCCCAAGCGCCUGCCCUACAUGGCUCCUUGCGUUCCCUUUGUCCCGGCCUCUGCCAUGCUUGUAAACAUUUACCUCAUGCUCAAGCUCUCCACCAUCACAUGGAUCCGUUUUGGCGUAUGGUGCUUCGUGGGUGUUUUGAUCUACUUCGGCUAUGGCAUGUGGAACAGCACCCUAGAGAUCACGGCGCGAGAGGAGGAAGCCCAUGCUAGCACAUACCAGCGCUAUGACGUGGGCGUGGACGACAACUUUGCCGUGGAUGACGAUCUAUACCCUUCUGGAGAUGGAGGGCCAUACCAAAGCUUGGGCUCCCAUGAGGGCAGAGGUGGGCACAAGAAACAGCAGGAGCAGAGUGAGCCUCAGCUUGACGGCCUGGACAGGGUGGACAACCACAGGACCUCCUCUUCCUCCUCACACAGCAGGGCCAAAAGCAAAGCUGGCAAACCUAGUCCGGGCUUUGAGGCGCUGGUGGUCGACGAUGAUUUGGACGAUCCUUUGGAAUGAGAAUGUAAUCUGAAUGUACUCGUCUGCCAACAACUGCAGAACCCUUGGGCUAGAUUGUUAUGUCUCUCUGCAAUGAGUUUUUAUUUGACUUCUAUUCCUUCAUUUGCAGCCCUUUUUUUUACUACUGAUUGGAUAAUGUGAACGUUUAAGAUGGGAUUUAACAUUUAGAAGGCUUUUGAUCUUUCUUUUUUUA